AUGUCUUCUGCAGGCGAAGACGAGGAUAACACUAGAUCGCAUGGUUUCAAGAAGACGAGAAAUCAGAGAGCAUGCGAUGUCUGUCGGCGAAGAAAAAGUCUUGAGGGGCAGAUGCCUGGCUUUCGGUGCUCAAACUGUGUAGCCUACGACUUUGAGUGUACAUAUAACGAUGUUCUGAAGAGACGAAGGCCUCCGAAAGGGUUAAUGAAUCCUUUCAUAUAUAUCUUUCUUUGCUCAAAAGUUCAUUUCAGAUACGUGGAAAGCCUUGAGGCGCGUCUCGAGAAGAUGGAAGAACUCCUACAGAAGCUCUGUCCUGAUACUAACUUGUCACAAGAACUUCAAGCAGCUGUCAGAAUAGAAGCAGAGCGCUCGGAAGUCAACGAGAGUUCUGUGACAACAUCUUUGACCCCCAUUCGAAUACUCUCUCCUAGUACAAUGGUCACCGAUUUCGAUUCCCUCGACGCCGAUCCUGAAUCAAGCGACGAUGAAGGCGCCCAGACCAAUCUGGUGCGAGAACAUCUCAAAGAUCUGUUUAUCAACCCUGUACACAAUCGCUUUUUUGGUAAGUCGAGCGGUGUGAAGCUUGUGAAAACUGCAAUAGACCUUAAAUUCGAGUACGCGGGGAAAAUGCCGGACGAGAACACUGUUCAUGUUUUAGGAAGGAAAAGGCCUGAAUACUGGAAUCUGCUUCCUUGGGAGCGAUCCAUCCUCGCUACUGAACAGCGAGUCUUCGAUUUUCCCGAACCAGAUCUUCUGAAUGAUCUCGUGGACCUCUUCUUUCAGUAUAUCAACAUUUUUUUUGGACUUCUUCAUCGUCCCCUCUUUGAGCAGGGUAUUCAGGAUGGUCUACAUCAUCGUGAUAACGCUUUUGGUGGUCUUGUCUUGCUGGUCUGUGCCAAUGCCUCCCGAUAUUCUUUCGACCCACGUGUGCGCCUCGAGGGCACAGAUUCUUGGCACUCCUGCGGCUGGAAGUGGUUUAUGCAGGUACAAAUACUUCGCAAGUCACUUCUCAUGUCGCCAUGCCUGUAUGAUAUACAGGUAUAUUCUCUAUCGGCCAUGUUCUUGCAAGGCUGCUCGUCCCCCCAAGCCUGCAGGACGCUGAUCGGAGUUGGCAUAAACUUGGCCCAAGAUGUCGGAGCUCAUCGGCGGAAGGUGUACGGCAACAAGCUUACUAUUGAGGACGAACUUUGGAAACGUGCAUUCUGGCUUCUCGUCGUCUUGGACCGGACAUUGAAUGCAUCACUCGGUCGCCCCUGCGCGAUUCAAGAAGAAGAUUUUGACUUGGAUCUCCCGGCGGAGUGUGACGAUGAACACUUCACGCAUCCUGAUCCCGAACAAGCCUUCAAGCAGCCAGCAGGAAAACCAUCAGUCAUGUCUCACUUUAUAUGUCUCAUCAAGCUCGAUCAGAUUCUUGCCUUUGCUUUACGGACAAUUUAUUCACUUAACAAGUCGAAAGUUUCGCUAGGUUUUGUUGGACAAUAUUGGGAACAGCGUAUCGUCGCUGAGCUGGACUCCUCCCUCAAUAAAUGGGUUGACUCUAUCCCCGAUCAUUUACGGUGGGAUCCUACCCGCGAACAUCAUGUCUUCUUCAUGCAAUCUGCUAGUCUUUACGGCGCCUACUACCAUCUCCAAAUACUCAUCCACCGUCCAUUCAUCCCUUCCCCUCGCAAACCGUCACCUCUCUCAUUCCCGUCCCUCGCCAUCUGUAUCAAUGCUGCACGUUCGUGUAGCCAUGUUGCCGAUGUUCUAUAUCGCCGAUCUCCAGAAGCGCCGAUUCCUCACUUCCAGGUUCCUCCAGCCUUUAUGGCAGCAACUGUGCUUCUGCUCAACAUCUGGGACGUCAAACGUUCCGGAGUAUCGAUUGACCCAGCGAAAGAGGUAAAGGAUGUACACAACUGUAUGCAUGUUCUCGCGGAAGCAGAAAAGAGAUGGCACACAGCUGGCCGACUUUGGGAUGUGUUGUACGAGCUUGUCUCUGCAGGUGAAUUGCCGCUACCCCAGUCCACUGUAUCGUCUUUGAGACGCGAACGAGACUCGCACACUUCGGAAUCGGAUACCCCCAGCACUUUUAUUCCCGCAGCAACCUCAACCUCAAGUCUGCAUGACGAUUCAAUGCCUAUCGCUGGCUCCAGUCGCAUCUCACGGGAA